AACAAAAUGCAGAAGCAAGUGGAGGUCAAGAUGGACGGGAGCCACCUUGAGCCCAUAGUGGAAACUCCCGCCGGCAUAUGUAGCAGUCUGUGCGAUAAAAUCAUGAAUAACAUGGUUCUCACUCUCACAAUCUUGGGUGUGUUUCUGGGCUCCAUCUCUGGAAUGCUGCUGCGGCACAUAUCGCCUCUCCCUCCUGAUGUCAUUAUGAUCAUCUCCUUCCCUGGGGAGAUCCUAAUGAGGAUGCUGAAGAUGCUUAUUUUGCCUCUUGUUGUUUCCAGUCUGGUCACAGGUCUUGCGGGUUUGGAUGCCAAAUCCAGUGGCCGCUUAGGAACCAGGGCCAUGGUGUACUACAUGUCUACGACGGUGAUCGCGGCCGUCCUGGGAGUGAUCCUGGUGCUGGUCAUCCAUCCCGGUAACCCCAAACUGAAGGCUAAUCUCGGGCAGGGAAAGAAGAACGACGAGGUGUCGAGCGUGGACGCUUUCUUCGAUCUCAUCCGAAACCUUUUCCCAGAGAACUUGGUGCAGGCCUGCUUUCAGCAGAUCCAAACAGUAAUCACAAAAGUACAAGUGCCCACAAACAGAACCAAAGCACCCCCACAGUUCACAGUUAAAAGGUCGCUCCAGUUCAAGGGUGGGAUGAACGUCCUAGGUUUGAUUGGAUUCUUUGUCGCUUUUGGAGUAAUUAUGGGCAAAAUGGGAGAAAAGGCCAAGAUGAUGUUGGAGUUUUUCAACGUCUUGAAUGAGAUUGUUAUGAGGCUUGUUGGCGCAAUUAUGUGGUACUCCCCUUUUGGUAUUGCCUGCCUCAUCUGUGGAAAGAUCAUCUCCAUUGCGGACUUGGAGGUGGUCGCGAGGCAGCUGGGGAUGUACAUGGUCACUGUGAUAGUGGGCCUCAUCAUCCACGGAGGCAUCUUCCUACCACUGAUAUAUUUUGUGAUAGUAAAAGAAAACCCCUUCAAGUUCUUCAUGGGGAUAUUCCAAGCUUGGGUCACGGCACUUGGAACGGCAUCCAGUGCCGGUACCUUGCCCGUCACUUUCCGAUGCUUGGAGGAGAACCUGGGCAUCGACAAGAGGGUCACCCGCUUCGUCCUCCCGGUCGGCGCCACCAUCAACAUGGACGGCACGGCGCUUUAUGAGGCCGUGGCCGCCAUCUUCAUUGCUCAGAUGAACGGGAUUAACCUCGACUGGGGCCAGAUUAUUACUGUCAGUAUGACAGCCACCCUGGCCAGUGUUGGAGCAGCCAGUAUCCCCAGUGCUGGACUCGUGACCAUGCUUCUGAUCCUCACGGCGGUGGGGCUGCCCACCCAGGACAUCAGCCUCCUGGUCGCUGUCGACUGGCUGCUGGAUCGUUUCCGAACCUCCGUCAAUGUGGUUGGGGACUCCUAUGGAGCCGGUAUCGUGUACCACCUUUCCAAGCACGAGCUCGACUCCUUCGACCAACAGGCCCGGAUGGAGGAGUUCGAAAUGGCAAAGACACAGUCCUUCUUUGAAAACAACACCAACCAGAAUGUAUACGGUCACCACAACUCAAUCUUGAUAGACGACUGCAAGGUCACCAAUGGCCAAAAUGGCAACGCUGCAGGGUUCUCCCUUGUUGAGGAGGGACCAUGGAAAUGCGAGUAA